GUCGUUUAAACGUACGUUGGCAUUGCAGACUCAGCUGCUUUCUCCAUGGAAACAAGAAUACAAAUAUUCAAAACCAUUAUGGCGGGAUAGUCUGGGAAGCAUUUUUGACCAUUUUUGAUGAUUCCUGCUUAACAGUUUAACUUUUACUAGGAAUGUCGAAAGCGAAGCGAGGAAAGAGCGGUUCGGCUCAUGAUAUCAAUAAAUGGGAGAGUGGCUUAGUGCAAGCGGAAUUGAAUGAGGAAAGUUGGAAAACUUGCGUGUUUUUUCUCGUGUCAAACAAAGCAGAGGAUAAAAUUUUGGUGGAUAUUUCAUCUGAAGUCAUCAGCACCGGUCUAAGAAAGCUAUUCACUGUUAUUUCGAAAGAACAACUCUUUAAAGAGGUGAAGGAAUUGGCUAAAGCAAUCACUUCAGGUGGUGGUAAAGGAAAGAAUGCAGUAAAGCUGCCUGAACAUGCAGAAAUAUGUGAACAAGUGAAACCAUUUAUUGAUCAAGGGGAAGAAAUUCCAAGUAAUUUACUUGCAAAGCUUCUGAAAUUUAAGCUGCUUCAAAUAAAGACCAAGGACAUCGAAAGAAGAAACGAGAUCGAGAAGAAGUUGAAAGCAGAAAGUGGCAAGAAAACAUCUAAAAGUCCAGAAAAAAGAGCAAAAUCACCAAAGAAAAAGGGUAAAAAGAAUGAAGGUGAACAACCUCCUGCACCAAAAAAAGAUACAAAAUUAAAAAAACGUGGAGAAGUUGAUGAUACUUUCAAAUCUAUAGACGACGAACCGGAAGAUGACGACAGUCCGAAACAUUACGUCAUCAUUCACGAUUUUCCAAAUGCGUCUACGCUUCAAGAUCUUUCAAACAUUGGUGUAAAUGUCAACGCUUUGAUAAAACUACAGCUUGAUGAAUAUCAAAAUGUACCAGCAAGUGAUGAUGUAAAUGCCGAGGAUAAUGAAGUAGUGAAUGAAUCUGCUAAGGAUGGAGAGGAACUUAAAAGAUUCUGGGAAGAAUCGGAUCAGUUAGUACAUAAUGCACCAACAGGACACAAACUAAAAGAUAUUGCAAAAUAUGAAGUGACUGUUUCCAACAAACUGCUACCUUCGCAGGAUAUUGAUGAAAUUGACGAGGAAAGAAAGACUGAAAUCGGCACAAUAGUUUUGAAGACAUCGCCAAUAAGUGUUACUCCAUGUUAGAUGAUAUGAAAUCCUACCAAAAUUUUCUCUGCUAUGAAACUUAUCCACGUUCCAGUUUAUACACCAAGCAUUAAGACACAGCAAGCCAGU